GGGGCAGCGGGCGGCGAUGCCGAGGCCGGGGAAGAGCUCCUACAGCGACCAGAAGCCCCCCUACUCCUACAUCUCGCUGACGGCCAUGGCCAUCCAGCACUCGGCCGAGAAGAUGCUGCCCCUGAGCGACAUCUACAAGUUCAUCAUGGAGCGCUUCCCCUACUACCGGGAGCACACGCAGCGCUGGCAGAACUCCCUGCGCCACAACCUCUCCUUCAACGACUGCUUCAUCAAGAUCCCGCGCCGGCCCGACCAGCCGGGCAAGGGCAGCUUCUGGGCGCUGCACCCGGACUGCGGCGACAUGUUCGAGAACGGCAGCUUCCUGCGGCGCCGCAAGCGCUUCAAGGUGCUGCGCCCCGAGCCGCCGCUGCCCGGCGGGGUGCCCAAGGGCCCCGCGCCCCCGCCGCACGUGGUGCACUACUUCCACCCGCAGCACCCGGGCAAGAUGCCGGGCCUGGGCACCUCGGUGGCUGCCGCCGCCGCGGCCGGCGUCGGGAGGCUGCCCCAGUUCCAGCCCUACGGCCUCAAUGGGAGCAGCCCGUCGUCCGGCUUCAAACACCCCUUCGCCAUCGAGAACAUCAUCGGGAGAGAUUAUAAGGGGGUGAUCCAGGCCAGCGGGCUGCCCUGGGCUUCAGUGAUGCACCAUCUCGGGUACCCGGUGUCCAGCCAGCUCAGCAACAUGGUCAGCUCGGUGUGGCCGCACGUGGGGGUGAUGGACUCGAUGGCCAGCGUGCCCGUGUCUCACGAGUAUGGACCAUUUGGGGUGCCCAUGAAGGCUCUCUGCCACCCACCGGGCCAGACUAUGCCAGCGGUUCCUGUGCCCAUCAAACCCACGCCAGCUCUGCCACCUGUGUCUGCCAUCCCCGUGCUGACCGUCAACCCUUCGCAGAUCUGCCCUUCCACUUCUCCAGCGUCGUCUUCCCUCCUUGGGCAGACCCCGCCAACCCCCUCCGAGGGCAAGAGCCCCUUACACUCUGUGCUAGUACAUUCCUGAAGGGCACUGGCAGAGAGAGAGAGAGAGACACCUAGCCACAAGGGGUGUAUUUGUAGGGGCAAGGAAUGUAUCUGAGAAAUGGGCUCUUAAAUGGUUUGAUUAAUAUAACUAUCUGGUGUCUGUGUUUAUAUAUUGUACAAUCAGAUUACUCAGAGCCAGGUUUCAGGUAAGAGCUUCUAUUGUUGUUAACUAUUAUAAAACUAAGUGAUGAAAAGGUGAUGUGAAAAGUCAUAGUGGCUGCUGAAGUCAACCCUGGUCCAUUUCUGAACAGAGGAAAGUGCUGGGUGGGCAGCACAUCGGAGUGGGUCUAAAAUCCAGAUACAUAAGAGCUCAGCAGUCAGAGUGGAAUCGUUCAGCAUUAUAUAUUUUAAACGGAAUAAUAUUUCUGCAGCCGGGAUAUCAAAAAACACUGCUAAGAUUCGAGAUGAGAAUCUGUGCAAAAUAAAGGAUUCUCGAGUAGUUAGGGUAAAAGGAAAUUAUUUUUAGAAACUUAUUUCCUUAAGAUAAAGAGUUGGAUAAAAUUGCCAUUAAAAUUUGAUUUUAAAAAUAUCUCAAAGGGAAACUGGUUUGUGUUUCUCUGCUGGAUAGCGAGACUGAUCUUGCUUUGAAAGGGACACCAAAGCAAUUACCGUUGACAAUAGCAAACAACAAGGGAUUAAAGUGGGAGACUCUCGAUUGCAAAAGUAUAUUUCGCAAAACAAUAGAGAAAUUAUUAGUAGGAAUUUAAAGUGCAGCUGCAUUAACAGCAAAGGGCUCUUUUAAAUAUGGGUAAGUAGUCAUGACUCUGUAUUCUUGUUUGCAGUGUUGUUGCAGUGUAUUGCAGAAUAUCAGAAACACGAAGUGGAUGGAGUAACAUAUUUUACUGGACCAACUUCUGUUGGUGAAACAAACACGCUUUUGAGCUUCACAGGUCUUCAGGACUUGCAGAAGAGGUCUGUGUAGCUCGAAAGCUUGUCUCUUCAUCAACAGAAGUUGACCAAUAAAAGAUAUUACCUCACUCACCUUGAUGCUGUAUAUUCUUUACAUUUUGCAGUGAAUGAAUAUUUAACCGUGGGGAAGGAAACAUUUUUAUAGAGGACACUUUAAUAAAACAAAUGAGUGGAACGUAGCAUUGCCUUGUGAACUUGUAACAUGUCUCUCAAUUUUCUGUUUUCUUCUCAAAAUAAAAAAUCCCCGCAAUUUGUGAAUUAAGCUUUUCACAUCACCUUUUAACAACUCACAGCUAUAGCUAUUUUAUGUGUGUUGCUUGGUGUGUAUUUCAGCUGAGUUUGAACACUAAGAACUGCUGAAUGAGAAGUAUAAAACAAAGAUUUUUUUAAAAAAUCACAGGAAAAGCACUUUACUGAAGAAAAAAAACUUCCAACAGAAAAGAAGAAAGUUAUGAAGCAAACCUCUCAAAAGUCACAUUUUGUUUCUUUGACUGAUGAAUCCCAGUUGGUUUGUGAAUGAUUGUUACCGUUGUCCGUCUGCCAUGCU